AGGUAGGGAAUGGAAUGGCGAGAGAUAUAUCACGAUAUAUAUUACAAACCACCUCGCCUUCAGGGUAAACAUCAUUAUACAGUGGAUAUUAAAACUAAAAGGGAUGAGAGUGACACGUUCAGAAAAUAAUAUGGCAGUACCUGCGAGCGGGUGAGAUGAGGAAACGGUAUGUAGCUAAUAGCCCUAAUCUGUCGGAUAACACAAGGAUUGUUUAUAGCAGUAAACUCUGGGGUAGUAUUCAGCAUGGAUCAGAAAUGAAUGUAUAAGGUUGCGUGUUUUGCUCCUUAUGGGAAUCCAUAGAACAUCAAACAGAUGUCAAACGACUACCGGAUGGGGUUUGCGUGUUGGGAGGAUUCGAAGACGCGUACACGUGUCGCUUGAUCUGCGCGCGGAGGUUCAAUCUGCAUACAUUUUACUGUAGCUAUGAUUGUAGCCUAUAAGGCGUGUUUCUCCAUUGCAUAUGCUAGUAGUUUACAGUAGUCUACAUUAGGCUAUUAUAACAACAACUGCGUUAUAAAGGGGGCUUUUGGACACCAGAUUAAUUAAACACGUGGACAGCAAUCCCGAAUUGCUAAAGUGAAUGGACAGCCACAGUGCAAUGAAAACAUCACCAUAGGAAUAAACACAAACAUGGAAAUAAACAACAGACAUUCAAUCAAAUAAUUUAAGAAUUAUAAUCAUAUGAAAACCACUACUGAAGGUGCACUACUUUGAACCUAAAGUACUUUCCAUAAUUGUUAUGCUAUUUUUGUCUAUACAUUUUAAUUUAAUGUGUGUGUUAGCCUACAUUUUAAAAAGUGGGCUACAAUUAAAAUUCGACUAGCCUACUUCAGGCUCCUCUCUAUAGUCCAAUGUAUUAAGGACAUUAGGACAUGCUGGUACCUUCAGGAACUUGCUUCAUUAGCACUUGCUAGAGCAGCUGUUUAGGGUACAGGGCCAGAUGUUAGUUGGGCGGAAUGGGUUUUUGGUUUGUGAGUUGAGCAGACUAGAGGCUUUGUCGCACCAGUGAAGAGGAGCGAGACUGGAGUGUUCUUGGCCAGUGCACCGCAGGCAGCCAGUGCACCGCAGGCAGCCAGUGCACCGCAGGCAGCCAGUGCACCGCAGGCAGCCAGUGCACCGCAGGCAGCCAGUGCACCGCAGGCAGCCAGUGCACCGCAAGCAGCCAGUGCCACGCGGGAACUCCAUGCCCUGUCCCGUUACCUGGAGACACCAGGCGAACACACUGGGGCCACGAGACCAGGUAUUACUACUCCAAAGCACGCGACUCGCAUGUUCCCGUCACUGCCAUGGAUGACUCUGGAAUCAUUCGACGUCGGAGGCUCCAGAAGGAUCUGCCUCUGCCCCGAAAAAGUAGUAGUUGCCGAACCAGUAACCGGAAGAGCCUCAUUCUAACCAGUACAUCACCCACUCUCCCUCGACCACACUCACCUCUCCCUGGACACAUAGGAAGUAGUCCAUUGGACAGCCCAAGGAACUUCUCCCCCAGUGGCCCUGCCCACUUCUCAUUUGCCUCCUCUAGAAGGGCGGACGGUCGAAGAUGGUCCCUGGCCUCUCUCCCCUCCUCUGGAUAUGGCACCAACACACCCAGCUCAACGUCCUCCUCCUCGUCACAGGAGCGGCUGCACCAGCUGCCCUUCCAGCCCACCAUGGAUGAGCUGCACUUCCUGUCCAAACACUUCGGCAGCACCGAGAGCAUCACCGACGACGACGGGGGCCGCCGCUCGCCACACGUGCGCCCCCGCUCCCGCAGCCUCAGCCCGGGGCGCUCACCGUCUUGCUAUGACAACGAGAUAGUAAUGAUGAACCAUGUCUACAAGGAGCGCUUCCCCAAGGCUACAGCCCAGAUGGAGGAGCGUCUGUCAGAGUUCAUCCAGAACUUCUCCCCGGAGAGCGUGCUGCCGCUGGCUGACGGGGUCCUCAGCUUCAUCCACCACCAGAUAGCAGAGCUGUCCAGAGACUGCCUGACCAAAUCACAGGAUGGACUCAUCACAACGGUGUAUUUCUUUGAGCUGCAGGAGAAUCUGGAGAAGAUGCUCAACGACGCCUAUGAGCGUUCUGAGAGCUCUGAGUUGACCUUCGUCACUGAGCUGGUCAAAAAGCUCUUCAUCAUCAUAUCUCGUCCCGCCCGGCUUCUGGAAUGUCUGGAGUUCAACCCAGAGGAGUUCUAUCACCUGCUGGAGGCAGCGGAGGACCACGCCAAGGAGGGACACCUGAUGAAGACGGACAUCCCUCGCUACAUCAUCAGCCAGCUGGGUCUGACCCGGGACCCUCUGGAGGACAUUGUGAGCAUGGACAACUACUAUGACAGUGAAGGUCUCCACACCCCAGAGCCAGACGAUUCUGCAGAGGGGAAGAUGAAAGCCAUGAAGCCGCCAAGUGAAGAAGACUUUCAAACCAUCAAGCUGAUCAGCAACGGAGCAUAUGGUGCGGUGUACCUGGUACGUCACAGGGAGACCCGUCAGCGUUUUGCCAUGAAGAAGAUCAACAAGCAGAACCUGAUCCUGAGGAACCAGAUCCAGCAGGCCUUCGUAGAGAGAGACAUCCUGACCUUCGCUGAGAACCCCUUCGUGGUCUCCAUGUUCUGCUCCUUCGAGACUCGCAGGCACCUCUGCAUGGUCAUGGAGUAUGUUGAAGGGGGAGACUGUGCCACUCUGCUGAAGAACAUCGGGGCGCUGCCAGUGGAACUCACCAAAAUGUACUUUGCAGAGACCGUGCUGGCACUGGAGUACCUACACAACUAUGGCAUCGUGCACCGAGACCUCAAGCCUGACAAUCUUCUGAUCACCUCUAUGGGCCACAUCAAACUGACCGACUUUGGCCUGUCUAAGAUGGGUCUGAUGAGCCUCACCACCAACCUGUACGAGGGACACAUCGAGAAGGACGCACGCGAGUUCCUGGACAAACAGGUGUGUGGCACCCCAGAGUACAUAGCCCCGGAGGUGAUCCUGAGACAGGGCUACGGGAAGCCGGUGGACUGGUGGGCCAUGGGCAUCAUCCUCUAUGAGUUCUUAGUGGGCUGUGUGCCCUUCUUUGGAGACACGCCUGAGGAGCUCUUUGGACAGGUCAUCACAGAUGACAUAGUGUGGCCUGAUGGAGAUGAGGUCCUGCCUGCUGAUGCCCAGGGACUGAUAUCAACCCUGCUACAGACCAAUCCACUGAUGAGGCUGGGUACAGGGGGAGCGUUUGAGGUGAAGCAGCACUCGUUCUUCUCUGACCUGGACUGGAACAGUCUACUGAGACAGAAGGCAGAGUUCAUACCUCACCUGGAGUCAGAAGAGGACACCAGCUACUUCGACACCCGUUCAGAUCGUUAUCACCACAUCAAUGCGUACGAUGAGGAUGACACCAACGAUGAUGAUGAGCCUGUUGAGAUCAGACAGUUCUCCUCCUGCUCCCCUCGCUUCAGCAAGGUGUACAGCAGCAUGGAGCACCUGUCCCAGUUGGAGCAGAAGGCCCCCUCAGUGACUCGACGGGAACACAAGGGCUCCCGGGAGGACAACAGGGGGAAGAGAGAGAGUCUGGGAAGCUUCCCUAUCAGGGACAAGAGCUGGAGAACCGGUUCACCUGAGAUGAAGCGUCUGUCCGGUUCUGAAUCCCUCUACAUGGACGGUGACUCCAGCCCUCCCCUCGGGGCCCGGCGCCGUUUCUCCGCCCUCAUGGACACCCAUCGCUUCGCCUCACAGCAGGAGGACAACCCAGACCCCCUGACACGCCAGCCCCCUGUCAAGGCCAGGGGGACUUCACUGGAGGUGGCCUCCGUUCCCUCCACACCCCCCUCCACCCCCAGCACCACCCCUGACCCAAAGGAGGAACAUGUAGGAGAGAAACCACCAAGCCCAGGCGAGACUCUGGGAGCCACGCCCACUCCAUCCACUACUCCUGGACCUACAUCAGCCAAUAGGGAGCUGGGGGCAGGACCUGUGUAUGACCCGCUGGGCCCCCGGGCCACGAAUGACCUGGUCCUCCGCAGGGCGAGACACCAGCAGAUGUCUGGAGACACAGGGGAGAAGAGGAACUCACGGCCUGGCAACAAGGUUAUCAAGUCAGCCUCGGCCACAGCCCUGUCUGUCAUCAUACCUGCAGUAGACCAGUACGUCCACAAUCACAGCUCCCCCUUGGCCAGCCCCAUGUCCCCCCGCUCCCUGUCUUCCAACCCCUCCUCCCGGGACUCGUCACCCAGCCGUGACUACUGUCCGGCCCCCGCCGUCAGCGUGCUGCGCUCUCCCAUCACCAUCCACCGCUCAGGGAAGAAGUACGGAUUUACCCUCAGGGCGAUACGGGUCUACAUGGGAGAUACGGAUGUUUACAGUGUCCAUCACAUCAUCUGGCACGUGGAGGAUGGAGGCCCCGCCCAGGAAGCAGGACUGUGUGCUGGUGACCUCAUCACCCAUGUGAAUGGGGAGUCUGUCCACGGAUUGGUCCACACGGAAGUGGUGGAACUCAUUCUAAAGAGUGGCAACAAGGUGACAGUGACCACCACACCGUUUGAGAACACCUCCAUCAAGGUGGGUCCGGCACGCAAGUCCAACUACAAGUGCAAGAUGGCCCGACGCAAUAAGAGGCCCAUCGGCAAAGAGGGACAAGAGAGUAAGAAGCAUAGCUCCCUGUUCAGGAAGAUCACUAAACAGUCUAACCUGCUCCACACCAGCCGCAGCCUGUCCUCUCUGAACCGCUCUCUGUCGUCCAGUGACAGUCUACCAGGUUCUCCCUCCCACAACCUGUCAGCCCGCUCCCCUACACAGCAGGGAUACAGGUCCACACCUGAGUCCUCCUACCUGGGUGUGUCCUCUCAGAGCAGCUCUCCUGCCUCCAGCACCCCCAACUCCCCUGCCGCCUCCCAGCACAUGCGCCCCAGCUCCCUGCACGGCCUCUCCCCCAAGCUCCACCGCCAGUACCGCUCAGCCCGCUGCAAGUCUGCCGGCAACAUCCCCCUCUCCCCCUUAGCCCACACACCAUCCCCCACCCAGUCCUCCCCUCCCCCACUCCCGGGCCACACCAUCGGUAGCUCCAACACCACCCAGACCUUCCCUGCCGGGGCAAAGCUCCACUCAUCACCACCCGUGGUCCGCCCCAGGCCCAAGUCCGCCGAGCCGCCCCGUUCCCCACUCCUCAAGAGGGUUCAGUCGGCAGAGAAGCUCACCUCGCCGCUGUCUCAUUCCCAGUCGUCGAGUGGUGGGGUGGGAGGGCCUCUGAGGAAACACAGCCUGGAGGUCCAGCACUCGGACUUGUACCGCAAGGACCAGUUCCACUGUUGCGAGCUGGGGCUCCAGAGUUUGUUGGAGACGGAAGGGGAGAAUCUACCACCUCUGAACCCCCCACUGCUGCCCUCCGCACCAGGCCCCCAGGGUUCAUCUACAGGGGCAACUACCACGACACCAGAGACGGGGGUGCUCAAGCCGAUGAGGAAGUUAGGGAGGCAAGAGUCGCCGCUGAGUAGGGAUACACUGCUGGCUGGUAGGGAGAGGGAAAGAGAGAGAGAGAGGAAGAGAGAGAGAGAAAGAUCGAGGGAGAGGGUGGGAGAGAUCAUUAUGGCUUAUAGCAACAGGACAACAACCGUCCCAGAGAGGUCACCUAACCGAGGAGGAGGAGCCACAACAGAUAAUCACCCAUCAAUAGCUAGAAAACCCUCAACCAGUGAGCAUACCUUUAGCCCUCAGAGUAGCCCCACCUACAGAGCCCAAUCCAGCCAAUCGCCAAAUCUGGAUUCCAUCAAAACUACAAGUCCCAAAACUACAAGUCCCAUUACUCCCACUGGGUCACCAGGUAUCUUUAGGGGCCAUCCAGAAGGAGCAGAGAAGAGCCAGCGUCAGACAAACAUGUCUAUCAAGCAACAGAGCCUCCGAACGGCCGUGAGUACAAGCCCUCUCAGCCAAGACUCCCAGGAGAAUUACGGAGAGGACAGAACGGAACCAAAGUUAAAUGGAGACAACAAGGUGUGUCCUCCUCCCAGGCCCAGCAUGCCCUGUGGGGGCCAUCUAGGGAGAGGCACUAGUCCAGACAGAGGCAUGGGUUUGGGUGGAUCAUCUAUUACGUCAGGGUCUACAGGUAUGUUCAAGGCUAGUAGUAAACCAUCAGGAAUAGUAGGAGAGAGCCUGAGAAAGAAUGGAGCCGAGAACAAUGGCUCUCCAAGAACUUCAGAACUGGGGUUGAGAAGCCCCAAAAGCCCCAAACCUCCAGCCAGGGCCCUGGCUCCAGCUGUCCCACCCCACGGACAACCCCUCUCCCUGGGCAAGGUGAGGCAGGGCCUGGGGCCUGUCAACUGCUACCGAGGGACCCUGGACUGGGAGGAUAAAUGUCGGCUGGAGGUAGUGGAAGAACACUCUCCAUCCCCCUCCCCCUCCCCCACAGGCGUCACCCCCUCGCUCUGCGCACCCUCCUUCUGUCCAGGCAGGUCCAGGCCUGUUUCCCCUGGCGACAAGACCAGCUUUGUCACCCAGCUGACCAGUGCCGCUAAAUUGGUCCUGGGGCCUAUAAAGGGGUCAAUGGUGUCCCAGUCCCAGGAGGGGCCCAAGGGGAAGGAGCUGAAAGACAUGCCCAAGCCGGGUGAGGAGAAGCAAGGUGCCUCGGCAGGAAAGUCUGAGGCUUCGUCCGGACUCGGAGUCCGGAUGGUUGGCGGUGGCACCACAGUGGCCCAAAGUCCAGCUAACUCUGUUCCUCAAUCUGAUAAGGCGAACACAGGUAGCCACCCCCCUAAAUUUUAACCCUUCUAUCUGAAAGGAGUUUAGAGAGGGGGGGCAUUGAGAAAUGAGAUGCCUUUUCAGAUUUCUAGAACAAUUCCACAAUGUCAAGCACUUAAGACGACAUUCCAGUUCUAGAAAAGAAUAUCAACAUGGUAUUGACUUAUCUGUAACCAUGAGUGAGCAGAACUAUUGUAAAGGUGCUGUUACGGCCAUUUUCUAUUAUACAGUUAGUAUAUAUUAAGACAACGCUCCACUUUAUGAACUAUUAGAUAUCUAUAACAGAUCUGUAUGUAUGUAUGUGAAAUGAAUGCAUGUCAUGUGGUACAUUUUGUGUGUUUCUAGAAUAAAAAGGAGUGAAAAGUGCUUUACUGAUCAAAACAUGCUGAAUACUGUGAAACACCAAAUCCAGUUACUUACUCGGUUUUUCUAUCUCGACUAAACGACCAAUCACUUCUGUUUCUGUAAUUCACUCAAAUAAACGUAAUCACAAGCAGAGGGUAUGCUGAGGCACAAUCAAGUCAUUACAACCUUGACAGCAACAAUAACAAAACACAAAAUCCAAUCGGCCACUGUAGAUUUGUCUUCGGAAAGUAAAUUACUAAAUUACUACUGUAAAAGACAAUGACGCGGCCACUAGAUUUUAUCUUUAGAAAGACACUCGACUGACCCACACAGGACCAAUGACUACUGUAGUUUUCUGUUACUACUGUAAGGCCGCCCAUGACAAAGAAUUAUGGUCCAACACUACACUCACUGAAGUCCUCAGUUGAUUAGCAUAGCCAGAUUAGCAUAGCAUGCUGUCAGUGAAUGUCUGUAAGUGAAGGAUGAAGUGAAACAACCUUGAGUUAGUUCUGGGUGAAUCUUGAAGGCUAUGGCACAUUUGUGUGCCAUGGAUUGCGUCCGAAAUGGCAUCCUAUUCCCUAUAAAGUGGACUACUUUUGAUCAGAGCCCCUGUGGUAGGGCACUAUAUAGGGAAUAGGGUGUAUUUGGUGCCUUGGUAAAGAAGAGUAAAGCUCCUCUGACAGUUCUGAAGCUCAGAGCGCUUAUCUCUACAGAACAGGACCACUACUGCAGCCCACACACACACACACACUGGUGUAAGCGGAGUUGAUAUUCAUGGAUUUAAAUCCCAUACCCCUGUGGUGGAUGAUUUGGGCUGUGUGCGUGUGUGCGUACCCCAAUGUGUGUGUGUUUCAGGGAUGGGUUCAGUAAGCCAAAAACUAUAUAGAAACGAACAGAAUCCAAACUUGAAUAACAUUGAUAAAUUAGAAUAAUUGUAUUUUGUUGUGAAUAAAAUGAUCUGUUACUUGAUCCUGACUGCACAGCUACGGUAAGGAGAUUACUGUAAAUAUCUGUAAAGACUAUGGCUCUACUAUUCGUACGUUCUAAUUGAUCCUGACUGCACAGCUACGGUAAGGAGAUUACUGUAAAUAUCUGUAAAGACUAUGGCUCUACUAUUCAUACGUUCUAAUUGUCACUCAUCAUGUUUUGUUUUGAACCAAAAAGGUGAAGAAGAAAAAGCAGGUGUAAAUGGAUGUAGCAUAUUUAAUAGAUGUAAAAUGCAUAUUAAGGGCUUUAUGGAUGGAUAAGGUUUUUCAUUCUUUGAUGUCAAAUGUUCACUUGCUGUUGCUGUUAUCGUUUACCCAUCUGUUUUUCUAUUAACCUUAUUUUCAUAUUGGAUUCCUUCCUAAUUCUGGUGUCAGGUAUCUGAGAGUUUAACUGUCUGUUUUUAGCCUGGGUGCCAGUCUGUUUCUUGCCAACUCUGUAUGGAAUUGUCAUGUCAAACAAUGGCAAUGGAGUAGGCAAAAUCACAAACAGAUCUGGGACCAGGCUAGUCUGUGUUGUGAAAUAAUAAUAUGACUAUGUUUCACUCACCACAGUGGGAUUCACUGUAAGUUGAGCACUACAACUGUAUGUGUGUUAUGAUAAUACACUGUGCAUUAUUUCAAUGGUGAAAUUAUGAUGAUCUCUCUCUCUCUCUCUCUCUCUCUCUCUCUCUCUCAUGUAUCUUCUCUAUCAAACAUGUAACACCCAUAAUCUUUAUGCGAAUGAUUGGCAAAUGUUUGUUAGUGGGUGAAGAAUAUCAGAUGUUGGAAUUAGUCUGGUAGAAUAUGCAAGCUUUUAUGUACUACAUUACUUGGCUACUUUUCAGAAGACUUUCUGACUGCAGCCUAUAACUUGGACCAUACCGCCCCCUUAUGGUGUGUGUAUAUACACAGUACCAGUCAAAUGUUUGGACACACCUACACGUUCCAGGGUUUUUCUUUAUUUUGACUAUUUACUACAUUGUAGAAUAAUAGUGAAGACAUCAAAACGAUGAAAUAACACAUAUGGAAUCAUGUAGUAACCAAAAAAGUGUUAAAUAAAUCAAAAUAUAUUUUAUAUUUGAGAUUCUUCAAAGUAACCACCCUUUGCCUUGAUGACAGCUUUGCACUCUCUUGGUGUUCUCUCAACCAGCAUUAUGAGGUAGUCACCUGGAAUGCAUAUGAAUUAACAAGUAUGCCUUGUUUAAAGUUAAUUUGUGUAAUUUCUUUCCUUCUACAUGCGUUUGAGCCAAUCAGUUGUGUUGUGACAAGGUAGGGGUGGUAUACAGAAGAUAGCCCUAUUUGGUAAAAGACCACUUACAUAUUAUGGCAAGAACAGAUCAAAUAAGCAAAGAGAAAUGACAGUCCAACAUUACUUUAAGACAUGAAGGUCAGUCAAUCCUAAAAAUGUCAAGAACUUUGACAGUUUCUUCAAGUGCAGUCGCAAAAACCAACAAGCGCUAUGAUAAAACUGGCUCUCAUGAGGACUGCCAUAGGAAAGGAAGACCCAGAGUUACCUCUGCUGCAGAGAAUAAGUUCAUUAGAGUUAACUGCACCUCAGAAAUUGCAUCUCAACAUCAACUGUUCAGAGGAGACUCUGUGAAUCAAGCCUUCAUGGUCGAAUUCCUGCAAAGAAACCACUACCAAAAUACACCAAUAAGAAGAAGAGACUUGCUUGGGCCAGGAAACACGAGCAGUGGACAUUAGACCGGUGGAAAUAUGUCCAUUGGUGUGAUGAGUCCAAAUUUGGGAAUUUUUGGUUCUAACGGCAGUGUCUUUGUGAAAUGCAGAGUAGGUGAAUGGAGGAUCGCCGCAUAUAUGGUUCCCACAGUGAAGCAUGGAGGAGGAGGUGCUUUCCUGGUGACACUGUCAAUGAUUUCUUUAGAAUUCAAGGCACACGUAACCAGCAUGGCUACCACAGCAUUUUGCAGCGAUACACCAUCCAAUCUGGUUUGCACUUAGUGGGAUUAUCAUUUGUUUAUCAACAGGACAAUGACCCAACACACCUACAGGCUGUAUAAGGGCUAUUUGACCAAGAAGGAGAGUGAUGGAGUGCAGCAUCAGAUGACCUGGCCUCCACAAUCACCCUACCUCAAUCCAAUUAAGAUGGUUUGAAAUUAGUUGGACCGCAGAGUAAAGGAAAAGCAGCCAACAAGUGCUCAGCAUAUAUGGGAACUCCUUCAAGACUGUUGGAAAAGCAUUCCAGGUGAAGCUGGUUGAGAGAAUCAAGGCAAAGGGUGACUACUUUGAAGAAUCUCAAAUAUAAAAUAUAUUUUGAUUUGUUUAAUCAUUUUUUGGUUACUACAUGAUUCCAUAUGUGUUAUUUCAUAGUUUUGAUGUCUUCACUAUUAUUCUACAAUGUAGAAAAUAGUAAAAAUAAAGAAGAUCCCUGGAAUGAGUAGGUGUGUCCAAACGUUUCACUGGUACUGUCUAUAUAUAUAAAACAUUGUUCCAUAUCAUAAUCUUAAUGCCAUGUAAUUUAACAUAGUUUAUUGAAAAUAAAUAUCUCAUUUUAUACUAUUAUGGAGUUUAUUAUCAUCAUAUCUGAGAGCUACAUAUUGUUGUAAUGACAGGUCAAGGUACUUAAUAUAGCAAGAUAUAUUUUAGGGAUGCUGUUGUAAUGAAGAGGCCUAGGGCUGUGGCCUAUUCAGACUUGAGAUAAGAACACUUAACUUGGACUUAAGUCAAGAAAUGUGGACUUAAAUCGAGGUUUUAUUGACUUAAAUCCAUGUUAACUACUUAUCUCAAGUCUAAAUUUGGCCCCUACUGAAUAUACAGUUGUCUCUUGUUUUGGUAGAUAACUGGAAUGUUUGCAGUAGUUUACGAUAUAUUCUUAUUGUUAUAUGAAUCAUUCCACUUGUUGUUAUUCUCUAACUGUUCAGAGAUGGGUGGCUCUUUAGCGUUAUUCUGUGACUGUUAGUUCUACCUUCAAAUAUAAAGGGAACCAGAUAACAUUUUGUCACAUUUCCAAUGUUAUCAACCUGAUCACUAAGGUGGUGUUUAUUGUAUUAUAAUCAUUGAAACAUCAGGAGUAGAUAAAUUAGUCAAAACUGGUCUGUGAAGAGAAAAUACAUGCACAUUUUGAAUAAUAAACUCUCUCAUUAUUUGUAUGUGAGGUUUUUUGCAGGCAUAUUUUACUCAAAACUUUGCAUGGAGGAAUUCCGUGGUAUAUAGAGAUCUGUUUCAUAUGUUAACGAUGGCAGAAAAUGCACAUCCUAAUCAUGAUUAUGAUGAAUUGUUUGAAAUGCACUUUAUAUUUUCAAGCGUUUUUUUCUUCAUUUCUAAGUGUUUGUUUUGGUCUGUAUUGCUACAGUUAUGUAUUAUCUGGGCGAAAAUAAAAUCUAUACUGUACUUAAACAAAUAUACAAUUAUAUUUAUUCACAAUGGCCACCAACGAUUAAUAUGUCUCAUUCACCUCAUUUGAAAAUGUUAUGUAGAUAAAGAGCAAGUAUGAUGACAUUAUACCUUUCUCUUGUUGUUUGUCAUUUCGGCGUUUCAUAUUUACAUUGAACAUGUUGGUCCGUUACCUAGCAGAUGCUCUUAUCAAGAGUUACUUACAGACAGUAUAGUCAACUAAGAUAGAUACAGCAAUCACAUAUUACAGUCAUUGCGGGUAUUUCUUCAAUAAACCAGAUAUCAGCAAAAAUCAGUGCUAGUAAGAAAGGACAAAUGGGAGCGUUAGUGCCAGAAAGACAAGUACAACAGUCUAAUACUAGACACGUGAAGGGAAGAACGUGUAAUACAAUUCAGAGAAUUUAUCCAAACUUGAACUUCUGCCACCAUCAUUUUCUUGUGCAUACCGAUAAUAAAUACAGGCAUGGAGCUCAUAAGGUCAGCCUAUGAUCUGCACAACCUGGCUCCAGAUGGCCAAUGUUCAACAGCAAAAGGAUACAUAAACAUUUUUAUAUUCUACAACCUUUGUUAUCCACAUAACAUCUUGUGUGAAUGUAUUAAAAUUACUUAAGUCUAGUGUAACCUAAUGUGCAUUCAUAACUACAUUAUGUCCAUCAUAAAAAUAUAAUUAUAUGCAGAUCAACUAGGCUAAAUGUAGUAAACUAGACAACAGAGACCUUUGGUAUUAGUAGUAGUGGUUAAUCACAAUAAAAUGCAUGAACUAAUUUCAUUCACAAUUUUACACCCAUGGACGUCAGAUGCUUUAUAUAAUGUCAGUGUAAAAUAUUACCCUAUGAAACGCGCGCUAUGCCUUUAAAAAUAUAUAUAUAUAUUUUGAUAUGAUAAAUCAUUCAUUUUUAUUACAAAUUAUACAGUACGUCAAGAUACAGUAAACACAGAAUUGUUGUAUUACAUAACAGAUGACAGAAAAAGUGUCUACAUUUGUCUCACUGCCCCCACUCUCUGAUCAUCGGUACUCUCUGAUCACACUGAUCGAUCUUUUAUCUCUCCAGAUUAGACGAAAGACAGAAUAUCCACAGAGGGCAUUCCCAGACUCCAUCACCACUGGCAGAGGAAGCCCCAGGCACUCCACCUGUCGCCUGUACUCAUCCAUCGCCUGGUCGAGAGCCUCCAGGGAUAAAGGGUUGCUCAGGCUUCCUGCGACGAGGGCCCAUCUCCCCAAGAGCUGCUGGUCUAUUCGUGGUGGAUCCAUGGGCUUAAGGAGGUCCUCACAGCCUAGAGCAGCAGCAGUUGAUUGGCUUAAAGAGAGGAAGUAGAGGAGAGUCAUGGCACAUAGACCGAACAUGGCUUCAGUGUCUAGGUCUCACUAUAUCUAUGCACCAGUAUAUCAGUAAAUCAAAUGUAUUUAUCAAUCCCUUUUUACAUCAGCCGAUGUCACAAAGUGCUAUACAGAAACCCAGCUUAAAACCCCAAACAACAAGCAAUGCAGAUGUAUAUCUAUUUACUGUGGGUCUAUCUAUAUCUAUAAAAUCUACAAUAUGUAUCACUAUAUCUAUGUUAUAUAUUUCUAUGUCUCAAUAUAUCUAUCUUAUAUAUUUAUAUAUCUACAGUAUCUAUCUACUGUAUGUCUGUCUAUGUGUCACUGAUGUGUCUGUCUGUAUCGAACACUGGUGCUUAGCUAGAGGGGUCCAGUCUUAUACAUGUAGCUCUCCUGUCAUGCUAUGGCACAAUGUUCUUCAAUAUCAGAAAGAUCCCAGUUGCAACAGAAUGCCAGUAAAAUGGCAAUUUCCCCUGGCAAAUCCAGGAUUGCGAAAUAAAAACAAGACUUUUUUGGUUUAUCUAUGUUUUGUGCACGCGUAUUAAAAAAUAUUGACAAAAAAGAACAAUUCAAUAUUAAAGUCAGGCAAGAUCUCACAUUACACACACCACUGUACACAUACACAUCUAAAUAAAGAAUAUACAUCAAAUAAAGGAGAUGAGAGAUUGCACUUUCUUUAUACAUCAACAAUAAUAUUUGAAUGUACAAAUACUUUUUUUUGUAACUAAAGGGAAUUCAAAAGACCUACAAAGUCAUAUGUAAAGGCUUAAAAUCUGGGGACAUUAAAAAAAGUAAUUUAUGAAUAUAGAAUUUACUCAUAAGUAUCAUAACAUUAACAAUGGAUUCGAGUUUCUUAUCCAUGUUAUUGGAAUUUUUUUGAAAGUAUUUUUUGCUCAGGGUAAAGUUAUAUAGAGACUUAGCCAGUUGAGAAAUAUACAACAAGAUCAUCCCAGAGUUCUACAAUUAUGACUGAACGAUAUUUAGACAGCAGGCUUUUGGUAGUUUGCACGAUUAGUCACAUGACAUGCUCAGGGGAGCAUGACAAGGAUAUGCAGUACAGGUUAAUCUUAAUAAAAUGCUAAAUCUCAUUUCAUUCACACAGUUACACUAGGUCUUUACACCCCAUAGACGCCAGCUUAUUUACAUAAUAUGACGAACGUCAAUCUGUAAAAUAUUAGCCAAUAAAACGCGCGCUAUGAUUUAUUGUUAGGAUUUAAAUCAAUAUAUUUGCUCUUUUCAGUAGGUUGACCAAUCACGUUGUUAGUACAGCCUAUCAGGAAGUAUCUAGAGCCCUCCUUAUUGUAUGUUGUCAACCCGCUGAUCCUGCAAGCUAACUAGCUAGCACGCGAAGUAAAUCGCUGGGUGAACUAUAAUUCGACUGAGUUUAACGUUACUCGUUGGCUGAAGAAAAUUUCAUUUUAAUCGCUGACAUUGGCUGUGGUUGUCCUGGAGUCGUCAAGAAAGGCGAGACAUUAACGCGUUAGCCUGUUUUCUACAAAGUUGCUAACCAGAUCCCUUGACAGCUAGCUAGCUACUGUAGCUUGGCAGCUAACUGUCUGUAUUGAGUUACCACAGCAAAGCUACGUAGUACGUGGUCUCAACCCUGCACUUCCGAGCCGUCGCCGUCCCAUCAAGCAAUUUUAAGAUUUUACUUGGUUAAAGACCUCUAUGCCAAUGACACUCUUCACAAAGUGGCACAUCAUCCUGUGAUGACUCUAAACUAAGUGAUACACACAUCUUUUUUCAACUCUACUGAACAAAAAUAUAAAACGCAACAUGUAAAGUUUUAGUCCUAUGUUUCAUGAGAUGAAAUAAAAGAUCCCAGACAUUU